UAUUUUAGAAUUAAAUUACUCUCUAAGAAAUAUGUCGGUAAAAAAGUUCGAGUUUAUUUCUCGGUACAUUUUUACCUAUAUAUUUGUCGGUUUUUCAGCAUUUUCACCGCCUAAAUCCCUACACUCCCGCUUUUGAAAGACCAACACUAAAAUACCGACAAUUCAAAUCGGGAUUCAUUUUGAGGGGGAAAAAAUCCUGAAAAGCUUUAUCAGAAGUGUGACGCGCGAAGCGAAGAAAAACCAAAAUUGUGAAAGAAAAUGGGCCCAUGCGUCACCUUUCUUGUUUGAAAUACGAAUUACGGAAUGGGUUUUUUAAGCGAUUAAGCCACGUUGUUUGUAACUUCAGAAAUAUAAGCAAGACCUUAACAACAAGAAAUCAAUAUACCGCCCUUGCUCACUCUAUAAUUGGUGAUAACAUACGAGACGAGUUUCACUUUUUUUGUCAGCCAAAACAAACUUUGUUAAAAUCUGUUGAAUCUUUUGAAACCGUAGCACAAAAACUAAAUUUACCUUUGACGACGACUGUUGGAAUUUGUAAACACAUUAAUCGUUUUGGCGUAACUUAUUCAACCGGAAACAUUGUCGUUGUCAGUAAAGAGAAUUUUGAACUACAGUUUGGUGAAAUAAAAGCUGUCAUCUGCUGUAAUAAUUUAAGGUGCGUUCUGUUGGUGGCAAAAUUAGAUACUGUGGGUUUUAAUUCACACUUACAUGUAUUUCAAGUGAAUAGACCAAUUACUACUAAAUAUAUAUGCAUGGAUUUCACGGAACUUUUUGAUUACCACCCUUGUGACCUUCAUUACAGCAUUUCUGAUGGAAAUUUCUAUGUAAGAUUAAAAUAUCAACUCAUUUCAAAUCCGUAUUUUAAAGACUAAAUGUUGCUGUAAGUAAAUUGUCACAAUAGUCUGAACACCCGCGAAACCAUUUUGCGUUUUCUACAACAAAAAAUAUUUCCGUUUUUGUAAGUCUUAUCUUCUAGCGAAGGAUUUUUGUUACGGGGGAGUGAUUUUUUACUUUCCCUUUCAGCGGAGAAAAAUUAUUCCUUUGUUCUCCUCAAAUUCUCAAAUUCUCCUCCUCUUCUCCAUUUUUCCCACAAAUCAUUUUGCUUCCGUGUGCGACUGUUGUGUUUUAACAGUUAAAGUGAAUUAUAUUUUUGUGAAGACUGAACCAAAGUGAAAACAAUUAAAAGAAUGCGUCUAUGUCAACAAGAAUAAAGGGGCCGUAGUUCGAAGUUAUACGAAAAGAAACAGAAUAGAGGAAUCGGAUGAAGAAAUUGACAUCAGCUUGACGGAAAAAGAAAUAUUUAUGCGGGAAAAUCAAGUGACGGCGUAUAAUAAGGAAAGAAUGGUUCAAUUUCAUCGCGACACCAUAGAAACCCGCCGAAAGUGGAUUGCCGAUAAAAAGCCUACAGUAACUGAUAUUAUGAAGCGAUUCCCGAGGUUUACAUCUACAAAGGAUGCGAUUGACUGUGACCAUAAAUCUGCCGACGGAUGGGAAACUGCUCUGUUUACGGAGAGGUGGAAAAAAAUAGAAAAGUCCUUGGCCAUCGAAAUUUUGAAAAAACAUGGAGUAUUUCUGGAGCCUAGUGAAUUUACGACGGAUAUAGUUAAAUCUUAUGAAGACCCCUUGUGUGAUUUCAAUGCAGCCAACGAGAGAACUCUCUUGAUUUUUCUAUCGCUCCCAGUGCUUUUUCCACCGCGCCCGUCUAGGGCCUUCAAAGGCAAUACGAUCCCUAAUGUCACCAUGCUUUCUAAAAAACUUGUUCGGCGGUUUCCAAAUGGCACUAACUUAGCUGAAGCACUACAACAAGCUGAAUCCGACGGCAUGAUUCAGCCUGGAUUAAUUGUAAUUGGUGAUCGUCGUUACAUCAAGACUGAUCUCAUCCCAAUCAAAAUUUCUACCUCAUCUGCAGCUGAAUCAAUUUCAAUUUUAUUCGCUGUUUAUCACAUAUUCAACCUUAUUUUCCCUGAACACCUGAAUUUAGUGUACAAUUUUUUGCAAAAUACGGUGAAUUUUGUUGAAAAAGAGACUUCACAGCCCCCAAACAAGAAAAAGAAAUCGUCAUCAAAGUCCCUAGUAGUCAACGAAUUUUCGAUGAAAAUUCUUAAUCAGUUGUCUAAUCAAUAACAAAUUGUUUUGUGUGACUCGAUAUGACUUCCGAAAUUCUGAAUAAUAAAAGGUUUUUCUAUAAAA